AUGUCGUCCGGACCGGGUUCCUUGCGCCAACUCUGGUUUCGAUGGAAGGCCCUCAACCUCCCAUGGAGACGCCAGUUUCUCGUUGGAUUCGACUUAGCAGGAAACACUUUUUGGCAAUUUAAGGACGCGAUCAACGCCAACCGCCUGCGACGUAUCGUCAAGUUCUCUCGCAAGACUCAUCACGCAGACGUCAAGAUCAGUCCACAAUGGUAUCAAUGGCUCCACCACACCCGCGAAGCGGCGCCGACCAUUCAAGAACAGCAGUAUGAGGUAUCAAGACAGCAUAUGAUGAAGCAGCUUGCUGCAGAGGCCGACGAGCGAUGGAAGAGCAAGCCAAGCUACCUGGAUCCGCCUUCGCGCCAGCAGCCUGUCCCGGCCGUGGCAUCUCCUGAAUCCGCUUCUCCACCGCAGCCAGAGCAAGAGGUGAAUGCGGCUGUGGGCAAAGACAAAGGCAAAGCUCCAGCAGGAAAGCCCGCUGGGAAAGAGCCUGGGCCGUGGGAUCGAGCGCAGCGCGGCGCUCCCAGUGAAAAAUGGCAACCUGCGAGCUGGACCCCUGGCAUUGCGCAAAGGCGGUGA